AUGUACCGGCACAAUGAUCAGGAAACUUCAAGGAAGCACGGACAGCCCGAGAGCACAGAACGAAUUUCAGACUACUACUACAACAAUUCGGAUUGUAUGACUAGCUGGAUAUUGGACUCUCCGAAUAGAUACGACAGCCAAUCUGUGGAGAACCCCUGGUCAAGUCAGUCCGGACAUGUUAGCAACGAGUACAACAGUGCGAACUCAGAGAUCCAACAAUAUUUUCCAACCGGGUAUCAGGACGUACCACAGUCAUAUUCUCUGAGCCUUGAUACUUAUACCCACGAAGAAGUCCCUGGAAAACUAGACUUUGACGAGCUAGAACUCCAAAGUCCUUAUGUAAUUUUACUUGGCGGCUCAGAGCUCAAAAAUAAACAAGGAAAAGUCGUUUCCACGCCUUGGAUAUAUCUUUGGAAAACAGAAGCAGUGGAUAUCGAUACAGAUCAGGUUACCUCUCUGGCUCCUUCCAAAGACGUCAACCUUGAACGUGCUAGAUACGUCAGAAAUCCCGAAAUGCAAGCUGCCAAAGCAUUUUAUAACGCACUACAAAUAAUGCGCCGAAUAAUACAGGCAAACGAAACAAAAUUGUCACCGCACCUACGGACACAUCAUGAGCGGACAAACUGCGAGGUGGAAAUGUUGGGAUCCUUUAAAGAGUAUGAAUUGCAUGCAGAGGGGUGCCCAAGUUGCUGUUCCGCUCUCGUGAACCUCAAACACAAGACAUCACUAUGCGAGCUCGGAAUGGGGCUUGCUGAAAAGGUUUUCCUCGCCAUCGACUGGUACGCUACAGCCACAUUUGGAGAAUAUGAGAACGUUGCUCUGGAAGUAUCAGAGCGUUCUGUCCGAAGUCUUCUUCUUGCUUUCACUCAAAACGAGUCACCUCCCUUAUUUAAACCACAACUUUCUUCGGCAACCUCACUCUCUGAAACAGCACCACUUCAAACCCUGGCAGUCCAGUCAUUGGGUGUAAUUGGCUCUGUCCUAGGAGUAAAUAACAAAAAAUUCAUAGACAGUACGAGGGUACCAAAGCGAAAGCGAUCAUUCGAAAGGGUCCCUAGUAAUUUUCGUCAUGCCGGCUAUCGUUUCUUCUCCGGGCAGGGUCGCCCAACCGAACUCCUUACAGUUAAUACAGAGCCAACUGCAGUAUCGAAACUUGAGGAAUACCUUAAUUCACCUUCUCGGAGAAGAAUCCUCAGGUCACAGAUAGGGCAAGAGGGAAUGAGAUCUAUUCGUAGACUAUAUAACGUAUCACUCUACGGCUACAACACACUCGAGCGAGCCUUUAAUGACGGCUUCAUCAAUACCUAUGACUUUUCUCUCGACUUCCCCAACCAUGCCGACCUUCUGAGUCUCGGAGUUCAAACCUUCAUCGAGCUCAGUAACGAGAAGGCGUCAUAUCCUACAGCGCUAAGAGAGGUUUAUAGCAUUCUUCACCUGUGUGAUAGCAUCAACCAAAUACUUCCCCAACAGAGGUAUGAACGUAGGAAGCAGAUAGAAGCCUUCUUCAAAGAGCUAGAAGACUGGAGGAAUAUAAUUGAAGCUACUUGGGAAAGGUCAGCCUUCGAGAUUAUCGUUAAAAUCCGAUGGCCAUCUAAGUACAUGACUUCCUGGGCUCUGUCUUCAUCGCCAAAUCCCAAACGAGUGAAGCUGUCUCCAAAAAAGGACGCAGCGGCAGGGUGUAACCAAACUACAGAGACGGGCCCAUCCACAAAUAUGGAUGCUGCGUCAAAGCCUGCUGCAUACCAUUCACCCGAAGAUCGCAGUCCAAUGAUGAAGGCGCUUCUUUGGAUGCAGCUAAUCGCUGGUGUCGUUUUCACCACUAUUGCGGCGUAUUUUACCUUAAACCACCGCAUUGUUAAUGCUCUGGUACUCUACUUGACGGGCGGCGACGAAGAUACCCUGGGCUCAACAAGAACUCUCGAUAAUACAACAGCACUGCUUCCAAAAAACGCCGCUUGGAUCUCGUCGUCGUCUAUUAUGUUCAUUGAUAAAGUAAAGCGGCAUAUCAUCGAAAAACUCAGAAGCUCGGAGUUCAAUAUUUUCAGUCAAGCAGUAGAUGUUGCAAUGGAUAGUCUCAGCUGCGGCUGGAUUUCCACAAUAAAUUCUUUAGAACUCCUAUUAGUCAGACUUGCAAAACUUGUCGAAUGUACUAAAUCUGAAUUUCAUGCCUUUGUUCAGCGAGUCCUCUAUCUAUGCACCGUUUGUGCUGCCAACAUGACUAGCUCGGAGUCAUUCCGACUUGGCUCAAAAAAGAGAUCAGCAUUAUACUCUAGUGCAUGCAGAAAUCAUCGAGCUGAAGAGGAAAUGCAGUCUUGGAUCGCAGAUGAAGACGAGAUACCAACACAGCUACCAACAUUAACACCAAGUCCUAAGUCUAAAUCCAAGCUCAAAACCCCUUCUGAAGGCCCAGAACCCUUUUCUCCCGCAACAGCGAGUCUAGCUUCGUCAAGAAGCGUAAGGGCUAGGAUACAGUCUGACUUUUUGGACAAGACAUUGAUGUCACCUGAAGGUCGUCUCGUUUCUGACACAGCAUCGUGCUUCCCGAUCGAAAACAGUGAUCAGGAUCUUUCCGGCGGACCUAUAACUGCAUAUACAUCGAUCAUCAAUGCUCCAAGCUUGGAUCCCGUUCUAACACUUGAAAAUCAGGAUAAUAUAUUAGCCUUGUCACAAUCUCAUUAUGGCAAUCCAGUAUCCAAAACAUAUUCGCAACCUUCCCAUGCACAUUACCACACAAACAAUAAUUUCGACUCUUUCUGGGCAUUGAAUCGCCAUGGCCAUCCUCUCGUGGUAUCUAGUUUACCAGAGCAUGCCGGAUACUAUCUUGCUCCUAGCUCUGGCUGGAAUCUUGCGGAGGACUUUCUAAGUUCGGCGAACUCACCUUCUAACACCUACUACCCUCCGCCCACUUCAAUACCUACAUCAAUCUCUACAACAUAUGCUGAAAACUUGAAACCAACAAUAUCAGCAUCAAUCACACCAACAAACCAGGGAAUGCACAGACUCGCUAACCCGUUCCUAAGCACUCUUGCCGGUUCGCCGAUUUCUCCUUACACUAACCCCGAGGAAACACCUCGAUUUCUUCCCACACCUCCGACACCACCACCCCAAGUCCCUCCCCCAAAACCACGAAAACGGCGUAGAAGCUCACCUCUCAAAGAAGAGGGCAAUAAUACAUCCGGUGCAGCCGGUGCACCGCCACCAAAGCGUCAAAAGAAGACUAUGCUGUUCAAAUGUCCCAUAUGCAAACACGACAUUGCAGCUCCAAGGAUGAAUCUUACGCGCCAUAUUAAGUCUGUUCAUGCGGAUAGUAGGCAGCGCAGGAUCGAGUGUGAGUGGCCCGGUUGUGCUACAACCUUCCAGGCGGCGAGGAAGGAUAACUAUAGAGCCCAUCUAAGGAAGCACCAAGAAAAGUUAGGGGAGGCAGGCAAUUAG